AUGGCCACGAAAACCCCAUAUGCGACCACAAAUGUCCACCAGCCGUCUGCGCAAGAUCUGGACAACCGAAUAAACGAUCUUACCGCCCAGCUCGCCGAAGUCAAGGCCGAACAAUACAAGCGAAGCCGUUCACAGCAAGAACUCGAUCCCAAGCAGCCAUCCGUCUACUACGACGCACAGCCCAUCGACAAUGACGACCAGAUACCGAACUAUACGACCGAGGCACCUCUUCCAAAUACCAGCAGAGAGAUUGUCUCAACGCCCUCUCAAUACCCUACAAUUCCAGAUGCACCACCGCCGCCCUAUUCUGCCAACCAGGACCGCAUCCCUCUACCAAUUGUCCUCCCCCAAACGUCCAAGAACUUCCGAGGUGCCUUCUAUAGCCCCUUCGUCCGCGCUUACGUCCCUGAAUUAGAAGCCCACGGCCUUUCAUAA